UACCCUUUGCCUUUCUCAUAGAAAAGUGCCAUGACCUGAGCCAUAAAGCCAGCCCAACGCAGCUACCCAAGUGCUCAGCAACUCGACGACCUCAGACUAGUCCAUGCUGAAAAGGAAAGCCAUGCCAUCCACCGGCUGCGGCGCCACCGCUUUGCAGGGGCAUGUGAGCGGCCGCAGCCAGCGGACGCACCGCGAUCUGCUCUAGAUCAGCCUGGCAGCUUUGCUUCGAGCUCAAUUAGUUUGCUGGUGCGAUCUCCCCUGUGCCGUUUUGGAUUAAGAUUUGCGCACCGGUGGACACGGUACUGCAUGAACAUUGGUGAGGCUGUGACCUCGUGUGGUGUUGGAUCUUGUGUGCCCGUGCGCAGAAUCCAAGCGUUACUGCCACGCGCAAUACGCGUCGGUGUCGCAGCGAUACGUCCCCGAAUUUACUCGCUGCAGCUGCUAGAGUAGAAUCUGAGUGAGGUGGCAGCCAUUGCUGCUGCUGCUGCUGCAGAGAGGCAGUAAUCUUUGUGCCCGGGAAGGCAUGUGAGCUGCGCCGUGCUGCUGGCUGCUGCCGCAGCGCUGCGAGCUUCUACCGGUUCAGGGUCAGUGUCCCCGUCCCUUUCUAUAAAGCCUAGCGCGUCGUCACGAGUGGUCGCGGUGAGCAGUGAGAGAGGGUGGCGCCUGGUCCUGGGUCACUUGAGGGAGUGAGCGGGCGGGCGGGGAGGUGACUGGUGAGGGCGCCAUGGACUGGUACGCGUGGCUGUCGAGGACGGGGCUGGCGCCGUCGCUGACGCACGAGUACGGGCGCCUCUUCAGCCGGAACGAGCUGGAGCCCGGCGACGCGGCGCACUUCGACCACGACCUGCUCAAGAGCAUGGGCAUUGCCGUCGCCAAGCACCGCCUCGAGAUCCUCAAGCUGGCCAGGAAGCAGGCGGAGGGGGGCGAAGGGGGCGAGGGCGCAUCGGCGGCGGCCGCACGGCUCGCGCGCAGGGCCACGAGGUGCCUGGCCCGCUGCGUGCGCCGGCUGGCCGGCGGCGGGGGCAGGAGGAGGAGGGGCGCGUCGUCGGUCACCGUCGUGCCCAGGAUCUGCAGCGGCGACGACGCCGUCCGCGUCGGCGCCGUGCAGCGGAAGAGCGCCGCCAACACCAAGAAGUCGAUGGUGCUCAUGAUCACCGACGGCGCAGGCGGAGGAGACGGACUCGCCAGGGGCGGCGGCGCCACCGCGCGGCUGUCCGCGUCGUCCCAGAAGGCGAGCCUGAUGUUCCAUGACUGCUACCACAACGACGACGAGGACGAGGAAGGAGAAGAGGACGACGAGGAGGACGACGGCGGCGCCGGCGACGACGACGACAUCAAGUGGGACUCCAUGUUUCAGGACCUGAAGCCCACGUGAUGGACAAGUUGCAUUGUCUCCUCCCACAUCUUCAUCUUCUCGUUUGGUGGUGUAGUGUGAGUGCGUCGUCAUGGGUUUUGUUGUGGCGUGAGAGAAUUUUAACAACUCUCUUGUUGGUGUUUGUUCUUCCUUGAGAAGAGAAGAACAUUGGAAGAAUGUUUGUUUCGCAAUGUUCAGAAAAUAAUGUCGAAAAAAGUGUAGUUUCCGCAGUUUUUGCAGUGUUAAGUUUGCAGUUUUUGCAGUGUUAAGUUCGAGCAAGAAUGGAGGCAGAGUCAACGGAAAUA